AUGGCCAUGGCGGGGUGCGACCGCGAGCCGAGCCCAGACGCUGCAGGCUCGAAACAGCCCAACGACGGCGGCAGCAAGUGCGGCCCCAACGCCAGCUGCCAGUGCCAGCCCAGCGCCGCCGAGACGCGCGAGUUCCGCAAGCGCUGGCUGCUGCUGACGGACCGCGAGCGCGUCGCGGCGCUGAGAGGAGACGUGCACCAGUUCUUGCAGACGGCCACGGACCUGCUGCCGUGUCCAGGCUGCCGCAACAGCGCCGAGGCGCUGUUCUACAAGCUGGUGGACGGCAUCGUGCGGGUGCCGCAGCUCGUGAGUCGCUCGGGCCUUUGCUUCGACCAGGACAGCCACUUCCGGCUCAACGAGUCGUACCUCAACAGCCCGGACACGUCGUUCUCGCUCUUCUACCACCAGGAGCGCUGGGCCGCCACGACGCUGGCUAAGCCGACCAAGCCAAACAGCAAAGCAGGGACGUCGCGCGCGAGGUGUCAGCUCCACUCCCAGAGAGUGCGCGGGCGUCCGCGUCCUGCUGCGUUUGAAGCGCUGUGGCACAAACUCCCGGAGGACCACCAGCGGCAUCUCUCUCAUAUCGAUUCGGACCAGUUCUUGACCGAUCUGGAGAAUUAUCUGCGACGUCAUCGCUUCUGUUGUCGAUGCAAGGAGAAGGUAUUAGAGGCGUAUGAUCUGCUGAUCGGCUCGAGCUGUAGCGAAGACGACUGCGAGGACUGCGGAGGCUUCGAGUGCUCGGACAAACACCACGAACACAGCGACUACGGCGAUGAUCUGCACUACACGUCGUAUUUGUUCGACGAGCUCGCGUUCUCACGAGCGACAAACCAGAUCAUUGUGCCUUGUAAUAUUGAGUUUAUGUCCCAGCUGAUGUCGCGGGCAGACCAGGAGGUUGUAGGUGACUGGGGAGACCGUCACGCUCGGACGAUCGCUGAGGCGCAAGACGAAGUGCUCAUAUGUCUGGGCAUGGUCAUUUGGGACAAGAUGCAGAACUUGUGGACCAAGUCGCGGUCAGAGAAGCGCUCAGAGGAAUUGCUGGUGCACUGCGCCGUGUCAACGCUUCGCCGCAAUUUUGAUGUAGCGGUGGAGGCGCUACACGGGGAGGAGAUGAUGGAGCAGCUGCUUGCUGAGGAAGAUGACGAGUCUCGGAGGUUGGCGAAGAAGAAGGAGAAGCGAAAGGAGAAGAAGAAGAAGCGCAAAUCUGCAACGAAACAGAAGCAGGCGGAUCGCUCCGAGUCGGAGAAGAGUCAACAGGCAGAGAAGCAGAAGCCGAAGCAGACCAAAACGCGCAAGCAGUCCGAUAGCAGUAAGACCGUGACGUCGCAAUCUUCGACCAACUCUCUCAGUAGCCAAGGAGAUGAUGACGAUCUCAACAACUCCAUCAGAUCCAUGGAUCCGAUGGGGACGCAUCAGUGUGACUCGACGUGUGAUGAGCCGUGCCUCCGCGGGAAUUUGACGUACGACGAGCGCAUGGAGUGGCAGCUACUUUCCUCAAUGGGUUGGGACGCGUCUAACCAGUUCACCUCAUCCUUGCCGGAGCUUGACGUUGAUACCGACGACGAAAAUCACGGCAUACCUGAGGACGAGAUUCGAUUCUGGAAACAGAAUCGCUCGAGUCUUGUGCGGCGACGUAUGGCACAGCGGCAGAAACUGCAGGAGCGGUUCGACCAGUUUGUGUUGCGCACGACAUCGCUGGAUGCGUAG